AUGUUGCGCUGGUACCAGAGCAAGUUGGCCAAGAACCCUAUCCUCACAGCCAGCAUCACGAGCGCCGUGUUGUUUGGUAGCGGCGAUGUCCUAGCUCAGCAGGCCGUUGACCGGAGAGGUCUGGAGAAGCACGACUUUGCUCGCACCGGGCGCAUGGCUCUCUACGGUGGAGCUGUCUUCGGUCCCGUCGCCACUACUUGGUUCGGUAUCCUCCAACGCCACGUCGUCCUCAAGGGCACCGCGACCACCACCGUCGCUCGCGUCGCGGCCGAUCAGAUGUUCUUCGCGCCCAUUCAACUGACCUGCUUCCUAUCCUCGAUGGCCAUAAUGGAGGGUAGUGACCCGAUUGAGAAGUGGAAGACUGCCUUUGCGCCCGCGUACAAGGCCAAUCUGAUGGUCUGGCCGUUUGUCCAGGGUGCCAACUUUGCCUUUGUGCCCCUGGAGCUCCGUGUGUUGGUGGUUAACAUUGUCAGCUUGGGGUGGAACUGCUUCCUUAGCUUGAUGAACAGCGGCGAGGAAUAA